UAAAAAGGUAACCCAAUGAAGAUGAGGCUACAAAUCAAAUACUUUAAAGAGGGGGGUUUGCAUGGAAGUUCUUCCAAGAGUGAAGCCAUGAACAACAUGAAUUCAGAAGAGUUAGAUUACCAGCAGCAAUUGCUGCUUCCAGGAGGAGGAGGGGCUCAAGUUUCUGGUUUGUCCUCCUCUGAGGUUGAAGACAUCUUGGCACGAAAGCCUGUACCCUUUAAAUGGUAUUUUCGACUCCUGGGUUGGGAGUCGAAACUUCUAUGGCUCCUUUCUGGGGCAACCAUUGCUGUCUCUGUCUGCAAUUAUAUGCUCAGUUUUGUUACCCUUACUUUUUCUGGCCAGUUGGGUGCUUUGCAGCUUGCUGGUGCUUCCAUUGCUAUGGUCGGCACUCAAGGCCUUGCCUACGGGAUCAUGUUGGGGAUGGCAAGUGCUGUUCAAACUGUGUGCGGCCAAGCAUACGGAGCAAAGCAAUACGAUGCGAUGGGCAUAAUUUGCCAGAGAGCAAUAAUCCUACACUUAGCAGCAGCAAUUCUUCUGACUUUUCUCUACUGGUACUUCGGUGAAGUCCUUCUAUUAAUUGGACAAGCGGAGAGCAUAGCCAAAGAGGGUCAAAUCUUCGCGCGAGGCAUGAUUCUGCAACUCUAUGCGUUCGCGAUAAGUUGUCCAAUGCAAAGGUUUCUUCAAGCACAGAACAUUGUGAACCCAUUGGCAUACAUGUCAAUGGGGGUUUUGGUAUUGCACAGUGUGUUGACAUGGGUUGUGGUUAAUUACUUGCAUUAUGGGCUUCUUGGAGCAGCGCUUACGCUCAGCUUCUCCUGGUGGGUACUGGUUUUGCUACAAGGACUUUACGUACUUUUCAGCCCUUCUUGCAAGAAUACUUGGACUGGCUUCUCUAUCAAAGCUGUUUAUGGGAUUUGGCCUUAUUUCAAGUUGACUAUUGCUUCUGCUGUUAUGUUGUGUCUAGAGAUAUGGUACAACCAAGGACUUGUACUUAUAUCAGGCUUCCUCCCCAACCCAACAAUUGCCUUAGAUUGCCUUUCUAUUUGUAUAAAUUACUGGACAUGGGACAUUGAGUUCAUGUUGGGGCUGAGCGCGGCAGUAAGCGUUCGAGUCGGUAAUGAGCUUGGGGCAGGACAUCCAAUGGUUGCAAAAUUUUCAAUGAUUGUAGUUAUCAUGACAAGUAUUCUCAUUAGUAUAUUUUUUAGUGCAAUUGUUCUCAUUUUCCGGAUUGGAUUGAGCAAACUCUUUACAAGCGACCAAGAUGUUAUUGCUGCAGUGUCCAAUAUGACUCCAUUACUUGCUAUUUCUGUAUUCUUAAAUGGCAUUCAACCUAUACUUUCUGGGGUGGCCAUAGGGAGUGGAUGGCAAUCUAUUGUGGCUUAUGUUAAUCUAGCCACUUAUUAUAUUGUUGGCCUGCCCAUUGGAUGUGUCCUAGGGUUCAAAACACGGUUAGGAGCUGCAGGGCUUUGGUGGGGGAUGAUUAUUGGAGUCCUUCUACAAACAGUAUGUCUAAUCAUCAUAACUGCCAGAACAAAUUGGAAUGCAGAGGUUGCUAAAGCUGUUGAGAGGUUGAAAAAAUCUGCAAAUGAAGCUUCACCCUUGGACCAAUUGGACAGUGUUUCCUAAUGUUUUUAUUCAAAUAUACUUUAUGUUUCUGAGACAUUUUUUUGUUUUCCCAAUGAGAAAAAUGUUAGAUUAAGUGUGAUCACACCAUAAUGUGGUGUGUCUCUGCAAACUUGAUUAAAUCCAAUGGCUGGUGUAUUCCUUCUCACAAGGAAAUGGAACAAUUUGAUAAGUUAAGUAUUUGAAUUUGAACACAAUGGACACAUUGUUUCAUGACAA